AUGUCUGCUGCAGAUCAUGUUGGAAAACUGCCUGUAGAGACUUUGAGUUUCAAAUUUACAGGGAAAAACUAUGGUGCUUGGGAAUUUCAGUUUAGAAUGUUUCUGAAAGGAAAGGAACUCUGGAAUCACAUUGAUGGAACAUCUCCUCCUCCUAAAGAAGCUAGGGAACUCAGUCAAUGGGAGAGUAAGGAUGCCAAAAUUAUUUCUUGGAUUCUAGCAUCCAUUGAAAGUCAUAUGGUCAACAGCCUACGAUCAUUUCGUACAGCUAAACAGAUGUGGGAUUUCUUGAAGCGUGUAUACAAUCAAGAAAAUGCUGCUCGGCGAUUUCAACUUGAACUCGACAUCAACAGUUUUGGCCAAGGCAAUCUUUCCAUAGAUCAGUAUUAUUCUGGUUUUAUAAAUCUUUGGAGUGAAUAUUCUGAUAUUCUCUAUUCCAGCGUAUCUAAUGAGGCCUUGGCAAGCCUUCAAGAGGUUCAUGAAGUGAGCAAGCGUGAUCAGUUUUUGAUGAAGCUGAGACCAGAAUUUGAGAGCGCCAGGGCAGGUUUAUUGAAUCGAAGUCCAGCACCAACAUUAGAUGUUUGUCUUGGUGAACUACUUCGUGAGGAACAACGAUUGGCUACUCUUGCUGUCAUGGGGGGGUCAAAAGAAACAUCUCAGGUUCUCAAUGUUGCUUUUGCUGCUCAAGGGAAGAAUCGAGGAAAGGGUUUCGUUCAGUGCUACAGUUGCAAAGAGAUGGGACACAUAGCUCGCAACUGUACAAAGAAAUUCUGCAACUAUUGCAAGCAAAAUGGACACAUCAUUAAAGAGUGUCCAACAAGGCCAGAAAAUCGAAAAGCACAAGCCUUUCAAGCUACUGUUUCAGGUUCUCAUGUUCUUGGUUCUGCAGCAAAUAUCACAAAUCAACACAUUAUGACUCCAGAAAUGGUCCAACAAAUGAUUUGUACUGCAUUUUCUGCUCUUGGACUCCAAGGUCAAGGUAACAUGGUCUCUUCUACCUGGUUUUCUGAUUCCGCAGCAUCUAAUCAUAUGACUGGUUCUCCUAAGCUUCUAAAUAACCUUCGGAAAUAUACUGGCACACAAAAUAUUCAGGUUGCUAAUGGCAAUAACAUUCCAAUAACGGCCAUUGGUGAUAUUGGUCCUUCUUUUCGUGAUGUGUUUGUCUCGCCUGAAUUAUCUAGUAACUUGAUUUCUGUUGGACAAUUGGUGGAUGAUGACUGUGAAGUGCAUUUUUCUCGAAAUGGUUGUCUUGUGCAGGAUCAAGUGUCGGGGAAGGUGAUAGCGAAGGGGCCUAAAGUUGGAAGAUUAUUUCCAUUGCAGUUUACUGCUCCACAAGCUUUAUGUUUAACUUCUAUGCUCAUCUCUCCUUCCAGCAGGGUUAUCCUUCCUAGUUUUGAUGACAACCAUCAAGUUCAACAGGCAACAACUGAGCGUUUUAAACCUGGCAUUGUUUACCAACGACGCCAUUCUUCUACACAAGUUCAACAUACUGAUCCAUCUACAGCUAUUCUUCGUAGAUCUUCUCGCAUCAGCCACCCUCCUGAACGGUAUGGUUUUUCUGCCGUUCUAGCUGAUACUAGCGUACCUACCUCUUACUCUCAGGCCAAAACACAAUUUAAUGGUGCAGUUGGAGGAGUGUAUCUAGCAGAGUUGCUUAACCAGUUCUUGGCCGGAAACUGGAGAAGCUUUGCAGGCCAGAACUAUUUCGACCCUAACGGGUUGUUUCUCUCUGUACUAUGGUCUGGGCCGCUAUUGGUGAUCGCAAUUCUAAUCCUUGUGAACACUUUGUUUUCACUGUGUUAUCUGAUUGUACGGUGGAAAAGGGCCGAGCUCAGGCAUCGUGCAAGAGCAGCUCAUAUAAAGAGGAGUGAGCUGGGUAUGUGUCUUCUGCACGAGCAGAUUUUUCACGAUGAAUGUCUGUUUUGGUUAUAUUUUGGCCUUGUCCUUCGAUUUCUUUAG